UGCCGCUCCCUCUGCGAGCGGGCCCGCCAGGGCUGCGAGGCGCUCAUGAACAAGUUCGGCUUCCAGUGGCCAGAGCGGCUCCGCUGCGAGAACUUCCCCGUCCACGGUGCGGGUGAGAUCUGCGUGGGGCAGAACACGUCAGAUCGCCCACCAGGGUCCUGGCGGUCGGCGCGGCCGGGGGGGAGCCACUGCCCACCCCACGGCGGCUACCUCCCUGACUUUCUCACCCCACCACAGCCGCCCUCUGGUUUCUCCUUCUCCUGCCCGCGGCAGCUCAAAGUGCCCUCUUACUUGGGCUACCGGUUCCUGGGGGAGCGGGACUGCGGGGCCCCCUGUGAGCCAGCCCGGCCCAACGGGCUCAUGUACUUCAAGGAGGCGGAGGUGCGAUUUGCCCGGCUGUGGGUGGGUGUGUGGUCCGUGCUCUGCUGCGCCUCCACCCUCUUCACCGUGCUCACCUACCUGGUAGACAUGCGCCGUUUCAGCUACCCGGAGCGGCCCAUCAUCUUCCUCUCGGGCUGCUACUUCAUGGUGGCAGUGGCCUACGCCGCAGGCUUCCUGCUGGAGGAGCGGGUGGUGUGUCUGGAGCGCUUCUCUGAGGAUGGCUACCGCACUGUGGCCCAAGGCACCAAGAAAGAAGGCUGCACCAUCCUCUUCAUGAUCCUCUACUUCUUCGGCAUGGCCAGCUCCAUCUGGUGGGUCAUUCUGUCCCUCACCUGGUUCCUGGCUGCAGGCAUGAAGUGGGGCCACGAGGCCAUAGAGGCCAACUCCCAGUAUUUCCACCUGGCUGCCUGGGCUGUGCCCGCUGUCAAAACCAUCACCAUCUUGGCCAUGGGGCAGGUGGAUGGGGAUGUACUCAGUGGGGUGUGUUACGUAGGUAUCUACAGUGUGGACUCACUGAGGGGCUUUGUGCUGGCACCCUUGUUUGUGUAUCUCUUCAUUGGCACUUCCUUCCUGCUGGCUGGCUUUGUGUCCUUGUUUCGCAUCCGCACCAUCAUGAAGCACGAUGGCACCAAGACGGAGAAGCUGGAGAAGCUGAUGGUGCGCAUUGGUGUCUUCAGUGUCCUCUACACGGUGCCUGCCACCAUUGUCCUGGCAUGUUACUUCUAUGAGCAGGCCUUCCGUGGCACCUGGGAGAAGACGUGGCUCCUCCAGACUUGCAAAACAUAUGCCGUGCCCUGUCCCAGCCACUUUGCUCCUAUGAGCCCAGACUUCACUGUCUUCAUGAUCAAGUACCUCAUGACCAUGAUUGUUGGGAUCACGACUGGCUUCUGGAUCUGGUCUGGCAAAACCCUUCAGUCCUGGCGACGCUUCUACCACAGACUCAGCACCGGCAGCAAAGGCGAGACAGCAGUAUGAGACCCCCCUGUUCCCUCUGGCACACACACACUCACGCAUGCACACAUGCAGAGGAGACACAUACUCGGCAGAAGGGCAGGGCAAUGGCUCCCUGAAGAGGGAGGAAGGGAGGCUUUUCCAAACUUUUUCUUCCUCACAGAAGGUUUGAAAAAAAAAAUAAUAAUAAUUAUCGCAUAAAGGAUCAGUCAAACUGUGUUCAGUGGUGCUUAGGCCCAGCUAAGUGGAAGAGGACUGAAAAAAGAGGCCACUGGUGGGAUAGGAGAGUCCUUCACCCCAGGAGUCCCUCUACUUCUCUCUACCCCUUGCUACCCCUGUCCAGGAAAAAAAAACUCCAACCCAACUAAAAUCAUCCUGCCUUGCUUUGGACAAGAGGGAGGGGAAGCCAGAUCUGUUGAGCUACCGCUGCCGAGAAGUAGCCCAAUAAUCCCUGAAUUGCCGGGGCCGAACUGCAGCGCGGGCAGGGUAACUCCUGAGCCUGACUCGCUGCCUGCUCCUUCCAGCUCGGCGGAGCCAUCACGUGAGUACUGCACAGCCGGCUACAGCCCGAUCGUGUGCUGGGGAGAUGCCUCUGUUCUGUCAGCUCACAAGUUCCUUUUUACCUCAGUGAUACCUGUUGUAAUUGUUUCAAAGUAAAAACUUGGCCCUCA